AACUGGCUGGACAUCCCACUGCCGGAAUCAAGCUGGGCCUCAGGAGCCGGUACAUCAGGCUGGGCAGCGGGCGGAGGCACGUCAGGCUUGGCAGCAGGCAGAGGCACGUCAGGCUGGGCAGCAGGCAGAGGCACGUCAGGCUGGGGCACUGAGCCAUCAGGCGGAGCAGCGGGCACCGAGCCAUCAGGCGGAGCAGCGGGCACUGGCCAUCAGGCGGGGCAGCAGGCACCGGGCCAUCAGGCGAGGCAGGGGGUACCCGACAUCAGGCGAGGCAGCGGGGCACCGAGUCAUCUGGCAGAACAGCGGGCACCGAGUCAUCUGGCACGACAGCGGGCACCGAGUCAUCUGGCACGACAGCGGGCACUGAGUCAUCUGGCACAACCGUGGGCACCGAGUCAUCUGCACUGAGUUAUCUGGCAC